AUGGCCACCGAGCGCGAAAGCAAGACCUUCCUCGCCAGGCUCUGCGAGCAGGCCGAGCGCUACGAUGAGAUGGUUACGUACAUGAAGGAGGUUGCCAAGCUUGGUGGUGAGCUUACCGUCGACGAGCGCAACCUGCUCUCGGUUGCCUACAAGAACGUUGUCGGCACCCGCCGCGCCAGCUGGCGCAUCAUCUCCUCCAUCGAGCAGAAGGAGGAGUCCAAGGGCUCAGACAAGCACGUGUCUACCAUCCGUGACUACCGCAACAAGAUCGAGGCCGAGCUCGAGAAGGUCUGCCAGGAUGUCCUCGAUGUCCUUGACGAGUCGCUCAUUCCCAACGCCGCCUCGGGCGAGUCCAAGGUUUUCUACCACAAGAUGAAGGGUGACUACCACCGUUACCUUGCGGAGUUCGCCUCGGGCGAGAAGCGCAAGACCGCUGCCACCGCUGCCCACGAGGCCUACAAGAGCGCUACCGAUGUUGCCCAGACUGAGCUUACCCCCACUCACCCCAUCCGUCUGGGUCUGGCCCUUAACUUCUCCGUCUUCUACUAUGAGAUCCUGAACUCGCCCGACCGUGCUUGCCACCUGGCCAAGCAGGCAUUUGACGACGCCAUUGCCGAGCUUGACUCUCUGUCUGAGGAGUCAUACCGUGACAGCACUCUCAUCAUGCAGCUGCUCCGCGACAACCUGACCCUGUGGACCUCGUCUGAGACGGGUGAGGGUGAGGCCGCCGCCGCCGGUGCUGCCGAUGCGGCUGCUGCCCCCAAGGAGGAGGCCAAGACGGAUGCGCCCGCUGCUGAGAAGACUGAGGCCAAGGCUGACGAGCCUGCCGCCGCCCCCGCUUCGUAAGCGCACGGACUAUGAACCCGACCUCGACUAGUCCCUUAGAUGGGACAAAACAGAUAAUCAGAUUCCCUUUCCCCUCUACUAUCCUGGCGUCAAGCCUUCUGCUGCCAAGCACGAGAUAUUAUACCGACGUCUCCGUCAGCAGCAUGUUAGGUGUUGAGCUUUCGGUAACUCGCGCUGUGGAAAUGUUUGGUUUGGCUUGAGGCUUAUACUGAAAUGCGGCAUUGGUCUUUGGUGGGCAGGGAGUUGGGCUGUGGCGGGAUCGGAAAUGCAGGGCAGGACAGAUCAAGUCUUCUUUUGUUUUCAUUUUAUGCUCUUCAUUUUUCUGGUCAAAUACACACGGAGCUGAACCGAGACACCACUCUAUUUUUCAGUCCCCGUCUUCCACCAUGCCCCCUGUCGUCAGCUGCUUUGAGAUUCUCUUUUCUUUUUCCGAUGGACAGGUGGGGAUGAUGUACAAGGUGCGCAAGCUCUUGUGUGCUCUCGUCCAUAAACGGGGAAAUCCAUGACAAUUUUUUGGUUCCUGUGUGUCUUGAUUUGAUUAUUAAAUCAGGUCAAGUCUUGUGACUAUUGCGUUGAUUUUGUUGAGCUGGGAAAGAGAAUCAGAAGGGCCAAGAGGUCACAAGGCGAGAGGUUUUCCUACCAAAUUCCCCCUCCAAGUAAUUUGCGUCUUUUUUUUUUCUCCUCGUCCUUUUCUUCUCUCUUUCUUUGUCUUUCUCUCUCUUCUAAAUCGUGUCUUCACUAGUCUAGGUUGUACUCCGGGAUCGACGCGGAUGUGAGCGUCGAUCGAAAAGGAUGGGAGUAUGACGUACAACUGAGAAUUUGAAAUAAAAUAAACAAAUAAAAAAAGAUGACACUGAGGCAGGAUCGACACGACCGCCGAAGAGCUGCUCGUUUUUCAUCAAAAAAAUCCGGUUUCUCGUUUAACUUGUGCAUGGCUGUCAAAGUGAUGAUUGAUCAUCUGAAAAAACAAAACCCAUCCAUGGGGUUUUUUUUCUGCGUCGUGAAAAAAACUGGUUGAGUGAAGUUCAGUCAAGCGACUUUGGCAUCUCGGAUAUCGACCUGUUUCAUUGGUAUAUAGGUUUCCUCCUCUGUAUCCCUUUCCUCUAGAAUAAGAUAGAAAUGUAACAUCGUGUAUCGUUGCGUGUGUAUGUGUGUGUGCGCGCGCUGAUGCUGUUGUCUGGUGCAAUACAGCCGAUUCCUUUCCAUGACUUCGGCUUUCAUGUUUCAUACCAGCCAAAACCCCCAUGAAGAAAAAAAAAUCAGAACAAGGUAAAGUAGUAAAAAGAGUUACAUGUAAUCAUUAGAAGAAAAAGAUGAGAAUAGUAAGCUUCCCAAAAGCACCGCUGAAAAUAAAAAAGACAGUGGGAUACUGGUGUAUGAAAAAUAAACGGAAAAAUUUAGUUGUAGGUGGGGUAUCAUGGUAUCAUGGGAGUUUUGUCUUUGAAUGAGAAAAUCACACCUCUUUCCAAACCGAUUAUUUGGAUAUGUGCACAGAAAAAAAGGAAACCCUUUUUCUUUGUUUUCCUACAGCCGCACCAAGUUUCAUGACUGUACGCCGGUAGUCUUGGGCGCCACGACGAGGCUCUUCUCCAGCAGCUUCUGUGCCCGCCGCAGCCUCGCGUCCUUGGCGCGCUGGUUCCGUUCCAUCUGCUCCCUGGCCGCCAGCGUCUUGCUGGCGCCUCCGCUGCCGACCGGUUUGGAUUUUUGCCUCUUCAUACCAUUGUGACUCUCGGCGCUGGUGCUGUCGUCCGAGCUGAGGUCCUCGUCGUCUUGGUCGUCUGGAUCGGUCCGGUAGUGGUACAUUGAUGUGGUGGCAACGGCGGCGGCAGGUUUCAAGUCCGUCGGCAAAGUUGCUGCUGCCGCCGCGCUUUGAUGAUGUGAUUCGAUCUGAGUAUGACUUGAUUUGGGUUCGGCGUCGGGAGGAAAAGGCCCCUCGGCCCGCGGCAGCAGCUGCCUCCUGCGGCCGAUCCGCAGAAGACUCAGCUGCAUCCUCCUGAGCGCCUUCCUCGCGGCACCACCGUCGCUGGGCCAACUCUCGGCGACGAGAUCCCUCACAUCCCCAUGCCGGCCGCACAGCGCGCAGACGCUUUCGACAGGGCCGUC